CCCUUCUUGAUACUCGUACUGUAUCAUACCGAGGAGCUUCUAUCACAAUUGCUUUCACCUCUUUUCACACCAACGAAUCUCACCUGUGGCGGUGCUGACGCCACACAGGAGAUAAGGUAGCUGUCCUUACUUUCUUCCUCUCAAUUCCCCUUUUCCUCGUUACUUCCACUCGAGUAAUACCCGCAAUUGGUCCAACGCCUGCAGUCCAGUGAGAUAUUGAUCGCUCAGAGAGAGGCUCUUUAUUAACCCUCUCCCUUCUGCCGCUUCUGCUCCCUUUUCUUUCACUCGUUCGAGCGUGGCCUUCCAGCCGCUCCCCCCCAAGCGAUCGUCGAAGGUUCUCUGAGGAGACCGAAAAUUAUCUCCAUGUCUAGCAUUUCCAUUCCUAUAUCUGCCAUCACGGAUAGGUUCAACCUAGGCCGUUUCACCGAGGGUAAUCGUAUGCCGCUUGCUGGUCGGUUCUCCAACCUACGCCCGCUCGGUGAAUUCUUCGAUUUCAAACGUCUUUCCAAACCUAAUAAUUUUGGCGAGGCUCAGAGCCGCGCGAGCUACAAUUUGGGCUACUUUUCUAGCAACUAUGCCGUUGUCUUUGUUAUGCUCAGCAUUUACUCGCUAUUGACAAACCUACUGCUGCUCUUUGUGAUUAUCCUCGUCGCAGGAGGUAUGUGGGGGAUUGGUCGACUUGGCGGGAGAGAUCUGGAUAUCGGUCCGGUUCACGCUACCACUUCCCAACUCUACACUACUCUUCUGGUUGUCUCUGUUCCCCUCGGUAUCUUUGCUUCUCCCAUAUCCACGAUUCUCUGGCUCAUCGGAGCCAGCGGAACUUGCAUCCUCGCACACGCCAGCUUUAUGGACAAACCGAUCGAGAAUGCUUUUUCCGAGGAGGCGGUCUAG